AUGGAGCACGUUCGUCGUUUAUUUGCUAAAACGAUUGCAUAUCAUCGAUUAACUGAAAAACCUUCAUUAUUAACAUUUGGCAAUUUUGCCAGUACGAUUAAUAUGAUUUCAAAUAGUCCAGAUCAUGCGAAAAAAAGUAGCGUCCUAGAAAAACUUGGACAAAAAAUAACCACGUUUAAAGAAGAUGUGGUCGAUAAUUUUGAACGUCGUAAACAAUCGCAAAAUAAGACUAUUCAUAGUCAAAUACAUUUUAUUACCCAUACAGAUCAAUCAGAAGAUUCAUUAGUUAUCGAAAAAAAAUCUUCAGCGCCAAUUGAAAUUCCGCAAAAAACUGCUUCUGAGGAUGAAUGUUCGAUUGGGGAACGAUCGAAUUCAACAUCUCAAGUAACAUUAACAAGUGCGAUGAAAACAACGAACGACCCAUCGACACCUGUCAAAAGUGAAAACGUUUUUAGUAAUUCGUUUCAAGACAUUUUUUCCACAGACAACAGUGAACAAGCAAAAGAGUUAAUAAUCAAUAAUGUACGAAAUGGAGUGAAUCGUAGUUAUAGUGGAGCACUAAGUGAAAGUGGCUCAGAUGAUUCUGCUAUUAAAAAAAACGAUACUGUUGAUACAAUCGUUGACCCUACUGUUAAAAAUAAACGAAAAGCAACUAUGCUAUUAGCGGGACCGAAAUUCCGUUAUCAUACUACUGAACCAGAGACUAGUUUCCAACGAGAUACAAUUUAUCCUGUAUCGAUUGUUGUCGGUAUAACUUCAAUAGUAACAAUUUUAUGGAAACCAAUAUCUCCGUUGAUUAGUGGCUUUAUUCUUGGUUUUCUAUGCUCAUCGGCUAUUGCUUAUAUUAUUAUACGAAUCUAUCUUAAUGCCAAAGCUGAAGAGAAAACAAUUUAUGAAUGGAUAGAUUUUCCUGAAUUAGAAUCUGUAGUCACUGAAAAAAUCAAUAAAAUCGAUAAAAAUAAAACUUCUCCAACAUGCUGCGAAAUUAUUUUUGGUCGAUUCGAUGCUGAUCUAGAUCAUGAAUUUAUUCGAUAUCCAGUUGUCAUUCGUCUUGAGAAUGAUCAUCUGAUUAUUCAACUACCAGCCAAAGCAAAAUCAGAAGAGAAAAAAGAAAAAGAAAUCAAAUUUAUCGGAUAUCGAGAAUAUUCAAUAAAAGAUGUGAAAUUGAUACUCGUCCCCGAAGGCACAUUAGGACGUGUAAAAUAUUGGGUAAAUGAAUAUCCCAUUGUAAUAAACAAUGUACAAAGUUUAGAUACACAAAUAACCAAUAAACAAGCGUAUGAGAAAUCAAAAUUGGAUCUUGAUGAUUUUUUUAAUAAUGUUCAGUCGAAUUUAAGUAUUUUUUUUGAAACUUGUCCUGAUAAAGAAGAUUGGUAUUACAAAUUAUUAUUCGCUGCACGUAAAAAUAAAGAAGAGACUGAACCGCUUCAUCGUUCAUUAAUCAACGCAUCAUCAACUCCGCAAUUGUGUUCACCGGCAUUUUCACCAGUAUUUCAAUCGAUGGUGUCAAGUCCUUCUGAUACACAAAUUCAAACAUUAGGUACACGUACGUCUUCAAAACAAUCUAAUCUAAACAACGUGGAAAAUCGUGCACGAAAAAAAUCGAUUGAAAGUACGGGCUCAUCGAAUCUUGAUACGACAUCACUGGAAAAAUUUCAAACAGAACCAUUACGAAGUCAAAUAAAUGACGCUGACGUCAGUAGUGAUAUGACACAAGCCGGUAUUGGUGUCCAAGAAUUACGUGCAGAUAUAUUAGAAAAAGAUAAGAAAUCAAAUGAUAAAGAUUCAGAUAAAGAUUCUACUGGCACACAACAACGUACAGGAUCAAUUAAGAAAAAGUCGCGUAAACAAGAAGAAAACCUUCUUCGUAUACUAAGUUCGCCUGAUUGCCUUAAUGAAGCAGCCUUAACAUUAAAUUUUCUUGUACGUCGACUUUUUUGUGACGUUUUUCAAGAAUCGUUCUUUAAAGAUUUGUUAAAAGAAAAACUGGAGCUUAAAUUGAAAGAACUUGCUGUGAGCGUACUUCAUGAUUUACGUAUCGAAACAAUUGAUAUUGGCAAUACAUUUCCUGUUAUUCUUAAAGUUGAACCAAUGCAAUGGAACCCUAAGGGGCUUUGGAUUAAUUUAUUUGUUUGCUAUCGGGGCAGUUUUAAAGUUACUAUUCGAACUCGUAUAGUUCUUCAAACAUUAUUUUCUACCAAUGCAUCUGCUGCUGAACAACCUAUACGUUAUCAACAUUAUUCAGGUCAACUCGUUCCUAACGAUGAUGAACAACGUGUAGACAAUGAGGACUCUAUUUCGCGUCAAAGACAAUCAAAUAAAGAUCCUGAUAUAUUUGAAAAUGCGGCUGCAAGAAAAUUGGGCUCAAUAUUAUCAAAAGUGGCAGGAAACAAACAUUUUCAACGAUUUGCUGCUUUAAAACCAGUUGCUGGCGUUAUAGAAAAACUAUCCAAUGCUGACGUGGGCGCAAAUAUUGAAUUAACAAAUCUAAAUGGAAUUAUGACAAUUAACAUUCCACCACCACCAAGUGAUCGUAUAUGGAUUGGUUUUUCGGAAAUGCCUGAUUUAAAUCUCAAAGUAACGCCCGUAUUUGGCGAAAGUAAAUAUUCCUAUACAAUAAUUCAUGAUUAUCUUGAAUCACAAAUUCGAGACGAAAUUAAACGUGUACUUGUUCUACCAGCAAUGGAUGAUCAAUUAUUGCCAUUCUUUCGCGAUUGGGUUCUUGAUAUGAUGAGUGACCUAUCUACGAUUUCAUCAAACAAAAACCUUAAUCCAGCUGAUGGUGCCGAGUGUUAA